UUCAUCUCUCCCCUCUCUCUCUCUCUCUCUCUCUCUCUCUCUCUCUUUAUCCUCUGUAUCUUUCUGCCUGUACUCUGUAUCUCAUGUCAGUCUUUUAAUCUUCUGUCUGUAAGUUUCAGCGCCCUACUCUUCUAUUUCUAUCUACCAACCUCCUUCAGUCCAGCUAAGCUUUUCUAGCAGCAACGUUCCCCUUGGUUGUUUCUCUUCUUUUGUGAUAUUGCCGAAUUUGGAAGCGUUUUCUUCUUUUGUCUGCUUUACCAUCCCCACCCCUCCUAAUUUGGCGAAAUUCACUAUAAUUUGAAGAAAUUUCAUUUACUUGAUAGUUAGUAUACUGAUAUCUGUUGGGGACGGUUGCCGAAUCUGGUGACGAUAUGGGUGAGAAAGAAGCUAAGAAAGUUGAGACUCCAGCGGCCUUGGAGCCUGCACCACCUCCGCCUGUUGCAACUGUUUCUGAGAAGAAAACAGCAACUCCACCUUCCGAAGACAAAGUCGAUGACUCCAAAGCUCUUGCAGUAGUCGAAAAGGCUCCAGACUCCAAAGAGGAGAAACAUCCUAAAGAGGAGAAACAUUCUAAGGGGUCAGCUGACAGAGAUAUUGUUCUUGCACGGGUUGAGAAAGAGAAGACAUUGUCUUUAAUCAAAGCAUGGGAAGAAAGCGAAAAGGCAAAAGCUGGGAACAAGGCGGAUAAAAAGUUGUCAGCAAUUGGCUCAUGGGAGAACAGCAAGAAAGCAUCUGUGGAAGCUCAGCUCAGAAAAGUUGAGGAACAAUACGAGAAGAAGAAGGCAGGAUAUGCAGAGAAAAUGAAAAACAAGAUAGCUCAAGUCCACAAAGAAGCAGAAGAAAAGAGGGCAAUGGUUGAAGCCAAGCGUGGGGAAGAUCUACUCAAGGCAGAGGAGAUGGCUGCCAAGUACCGUGCCAAAGGGAUUGCUCCAAAGAAGCUCCUGGGGUGCUUUUGAAGUUAAUAUUCUCAAGCUUGACAAAUAGAAGUGGAAAAUAUGUUUUGGUUUUUUGGCAUCUGUAUAUUUCCUCUUUUUGUUUGGCUUGCUAUUUACUGUUUGUGUUUGGUGGAGAUUUACUAAAUGUCCAAUGUAGUUCGAAUGUUUGAUGCGUGUGUGUAAAUAAAGGAAGAACAUAUUUAUUUUCUGAUAACAGAUGUUUGAAAUAUUCUUCA